AUGUUCUUCACACAGCUUCUCCAUACCGGCCAGGUCGCCCUGUGCGCGUAUGGCGCAUACGUGUCCUAUAUCGCUAUCAGCAACCUCCAGCAAUAUGAAGAGACGAGCAAGAAGGCAGCCAAGUACUCGACUGAGGCAGAGCGUCAGCUUCAUAAGACAAGAACCACCCAAAGCAGUGGCGCUAUUUGCAUCUUGGCCUCACUCGUUGCAGCUACUACAUUGUCGCUGGUCCCUAAUUCUCUGCCUUCGUUUGUGAGAUUCGGUAUCUCACCUGCUGCUCUGGUUUUGACGCUGUUCGUACGCGCCCACGUGUCCAACUUCUGGAAGGCCAAGGCCAAGGUUCCUUUCGUCGACGGCUAUGCAAUUUCCAAGACCGGCGAGCUUUUGCAAAUUCUCGAGUAUCUCGAAUACACUUGGGCCGGAACUGCGCUCGCCAGCGGACUUGUUGGCUAUUGA